UCCCCUCCCGCCGCUCUCCCGCUGCGCACCAGGGAUCGCGCCCCGACACCCGUCGGUGUGGCCGGGCCGCUGCGGGUGCGCGGGGGCAUGGUGGGUGGCAGCAUCUCCCGGCUCUCCGUCCGCUACGAGCGCUUCCCCACGUCACUCGGGGGCCACGGCUCGGGCGCCAUGCACACGGACCCUGACUACGCGGCUGCCUAUGUCGUCUUAGAGACUGAUGCGGAAGGUGGACGCAGGGGGCAUGGAAUUACUUUCACUCUGGGAAGAGGCACUGAACUCUGCACCGAGGCACUGAAGGGCGGCUGGACCAGGUUUAAGGUGGAAGUUGGUGCCGAUCUCCAGGAUGACAUCCGCAGAUGCCGACUCAUCAGAAACAUGAUUGGACCUGAGAAGACUUUGAUGAUGGAUGCCAACCAGCGCUGGGAUGUGCCCGAGGCAGUGGAGUGGAUGGCAAAGCUGGCCGAGUUCAAGCCUCUGUGGAUUGAGGAGCCCACCUCUCCUGAUGACAUUCUGGGCCACGCCACCAUCUCCAAGGCAUUGAUUCCAUUAGGCAUUGGCGUUGCCACGGGAGAACAGUGCCACAAAGUGAUGUUUAAGCAGCUCCUACAGGCGAAAGCCCUGCAGUUUCUCCAGAUUGACAGCUGCAGGCUGGGAAGUGUCAAUGGGAACCUCUCAGUGUUGCUGAUGGCCAAGAAAUGUGAAAUUCCUGUUUGCCCCCAUGCUGGUGGAGUUGGCCUCUGUGAACUGGUUCAGCAUCUGAUUCUAUUUGACUUCAUAUCAGUCUCUGCAAGCCUCACAAACAGGAUGUGUGAAUAUGUCGACGACCUGCAUGAACAUUUCAAGUAUCCUGUGACAAUCAAGAAUGCUUCCUACCUGCCUCCUAAGGAAGCUGGCUAUUCCACAGAAAUGAAGGAGGAAUCUAUAAAGAAACACCAAUACCCAGAUGGUGAAGUCUGGAAGAAACUCCUCACAGCUCAAGGGAAUUAAGGGUUCAGCCCUCACACCCACUUCUUUUUUAAGUGAAAAGGCUUAAAAUUCCUUGGGUCUGGUUUUAUGAAAAUAGGGAAAGAAAAUCAUCUACCAAUGAAAACAAAUUCAGCUGAAAGUCAUAUUAUCCUCAAGAAUCAGCACAGUAAUUAUUAUACUUAAUUCUUUUAGCAAAUAAACAUACUCUCCUACUUAGGCCUUAAACAAAUUUAAAUGUAACUAGCUCAAAGUAUAAGAUGUUCUUAUAAGAUUUCUAUCAAGUGCUGGUACCCAGACAUUAAACUGUACUUUGAAAAUAAGCAGCAUGUUGCAUAACUUGUUGGAACAAUUCCUUAUUCU